CCUCACCCCCCGGCACUGGCAUGUUGUCUUGGUGCGGGAAUCCGUUGACGACCUUCAGCUUCAAGCAUUCUAGAGGUGGGGGUGACCAUUUGAAUCCAACGGAUUUGGUUUGUAGUCCUCGAUAUGUUGAGUUGAAGACACUACUAAAAUCCUUAGUUUCAGCAACAUGGAAGCAUGUUGCUGAAAGUGGUUCCCAUGUUGCUGAAAGUCCUUCAGCAACAUGGGUUUGCUUGCUAAAAGCUUUGUUGGAGAAGGCUUGGUCGGAGAAAUUUCUCACCCCCUUCAGCAACAUAGGCCAUGUUGCUAAAGAUGGAGUUUCAGCAACGUGGCUCAUGUUGCUAAAAAUGAGUGGUAAACCGGUGAAAAAAAAUGGAAAUCCGGCAUUAUAAUUCAGCCUCAUUUUCAGCAACACAAGUCACUUGUUGCUGAUAGUUUUUUGAAUUUUCAGCAACAUGAUUCUUGUUGCUGAUAAUCUAAUGAAUAGUUAGCCCAUGU